AGCGGCUCACAUUCCUAAUCAUCAUCACUAUGGCUCAAGUGGCGGCUAAUGGCGCGCGUCAGCCGCUGUUGCAGCUGCUGCGCGGCCCGAGCGGCAAGCUCUGGGAAGUCUGCAUUGGCCUAGAGGUUCAUGCGCAGGUGCUGAGCCGCUCUAAGCUCAUGAGUGGCGCUGCAGCGUCCACAUUGGCGUCUGCGCGGCCGAAUCGCAACGUGAGUUUCUUUGACGCGGCGCUUCCAGGCACGCUGCCGGUCAUCAACCGCGAAUGUGUACACCAAGCUAUCCGCACAGGUCUAGCAGUGAACGCCACGGUGCAUCCGCGCAGCUUAUUCGAACGCAAGCACUAUUUUUACUGCGAUCUGCCGCUGGGUUACCAGUUGACACAACAGCGCGCUCCAGUAGCGUCAGGAGGAUCACUGCACUUCGAACUUCCGGAGUCGGCCGUGGUGAGUGAACACGGAGGUGCACAGAGCGACGAAUCCACGUUCGAUGCGUCUAAGUACAAGUCCAGGAGGGAGAAGAACGAAGCGCUGAAGAAGUGGAAGGCCAAACAAGCCAAGCAGCAGCAGGACGUGAUCUCGAGGAGUGUACGCAUUGCGCGGAUUCAGAUUGAGCAGGACUCAGGCAAGAGCAACCACGACUUAGAAGACGACAGUACAGUAGUGGAUUUAAACCGUGCCGGUACUGCGCUGUUGGAAAUUGUGAUGGAGCCGGAUCUUCGAAGUCCCGUUGAAGCAGGUCAAGUCAUGCGUCAGCUGCAGCAUUUACUGCGUCACUUGGACGUAUGCGAUGGAAACAUGGAGGAAGGUUCCAUGCGCUGCGACUUGAACGUGAGUGUGCGACCAACGAACCUAGGAGAAGAAGCCGAUGUGGAUACUCUCCACCACGCACUGACGUCGAGCACUACUGCUCCUUUCGGCGAGCGAGUGGAGGUGAAGAACAUGAACAGCAUCCGCAACAUGAUGCGAGCAGCGGAAUACGAAGCCAGGAGACAAAUCGCACUGAUUGAACAAGAAGGCGGCCAAGUGCACCGCGAGACGCGCUCGUUCGAUGCCGUCACGGGAGAAACUAAACGCAUGCGGUCCAAGGAGGGGGCAAAGGACUAUCGCUUCUUCCCAGAGCCUGACCUGCCUCCUCUUGUUUUCUCGCAGAAAUUGAUACACGAGAUUAGCGAGAAGAUGCCUGAACUCCCUGAUGCACUGAAAAAUCGCCUUUGUGCGCAGUACGACCUCACCUCGUACGAGAGUUCAGUGCUGGUGAACGAGCCUGGUGCUGCGAACUACUUCGAGACGAUCGCAGCUGAAAACUCUCGACCGUCGAAGGUGGUUGUGAACUGGGUGCUUAACGAUCUGUUCGGACACUUGAAGGCAGUGAACGGCGACAUUGCCAGCUCUCCCGUUGCAGCUACGGAGCUUGGUGCAUUGAUUGAUCUCAUUCAGGACGGGACGAUCUCCGGUAAGAUCGCCAAGGAUGUACUGGAGUUGAUGUUUUACGAGAAUGAGGCGAAGAAGACACCACUGCAGAUUGUGGAGGAGAAGGGGUGGAAGCAGAUUCAGGACCCGCAAGAGAUCCGCGCACUCUGUCGAGCUGUUCUCGAUGACCCCAAAUCGAAGAAGAACCUGGACGCAUACUGGAAGGGAAAGACUCAGCUCUUCGGGUUCUUUAUCGGUCAAGUGAUGAAACAGUGUGGCGGUCGAGUUCACCCGGAGCUUGCAAAUAGCAUCAUGCAAGAGAUUCUGGAGGAACACAACCAAUAGACGACAUGGUGUAAGUGGAUAUAGGUUCAAGCAUACGCAAUGCAAUUACUACUUACGCAACACGCUUCCUCUGUUUAUUGCAGUAUUCCGUGCAUCUGUAGCAGCUUCUUGUAGAUCAGCGCGAAUAACGCCACAACGAUGGCAACAGUCAAAUAGUGGAGGAAAGUAUCCACGC